AUGUCUUAUAUGCUUCCACAUCUCACUAAUGGUUGGCAAGUGGAUCAGGCUAUACUUUCUGAAGAGGAUCGAGUCGUCGUUAUUCGUUUUGGACAUGAUUGGGAUCCGGCUUGCAUGGUCAUGGAUGAGACAAUGUAUAAGGUUGCCGAGAAAGUAAAGAAUUUUGCUAUCAUGUAUUUAGCAGACAUUUCAAGGGUGCCAGACUUCAAUAAAAUGUACGAACUAUACGAUCCAUGCACUACAAUGUUUUUCUAUCGUAACAAGCAUAUCAUGAUUGAUCUUGGUACCGGGAAUAAUAACAAGAUUAAUUGGGCAAUUGAAGAUGCCCAAGAAUUCAUAGAUAUAAUUGAAACUGUAUAUCGUGGUGCUCGAAAAGGCAGAGGAUUAGUAGUUUCUCCGAAGGAUUACUCAACGAAAUACAGAUAUUGA